AUGCGUAAGGAGAGGAUAGCAGAUCCGCCGCCACAGUGCUGGCAGCAUCGGACCUUCGUGGCUGCUGUGGAUUUGGACCUGCACGGGCGGGUACAUGAGGCAACUUGCCUGGCAUACAUGGAGCGCUGGCGCUUCUAUGCUGCUUCAACUCAGGCCUACUCUCCGGAGCUGAACAAGGACAUCCUGCGUGCCAGAACGCGGCAGGCUUACGUGGCCUACGCUGGUUCUGCCACAGCUGGUGAUUGCAUUCUGGUUCGUUCCUGGACGCUUCCAAACUCAACUCAGCAGGACAAGGCGAUCCUGCUUGCAUUUGAAGUGAAGGCCAAUGGUGAUGGGCGUGCUGGCCUGUCUAACUCGCUGCUGCUUAGCGGUUGCUUGGUCUUGGAGAAGGACAUCAAGCCGGACGCAAGGCUGUGA